AUGAAGGAGAUCUUAGAGAAGUUCAAGAUGAAUGAAUGCAACCCUGUGAACACCCCAGUAUCCAUUGGAAUAAAGCUCUCAGGAGAUGGAGACGGACGUUUCGUGGAUUCAACUUUUUUCAAAAGUCUAGUUGACAGCCUGAGAUACUUGACGAUCACAAGGCGUGAUAUUACUUAUGGAGUCGGACUUGUGAAUCGCUACAUGGAGACACCGAAGGAGUCUUACUGGCUAGCUGCGAAGAGGAUACUAAAGUAUAUCAAAGGCACACUAAACAUGGGUCUCUUCUAUGCAUAUGAUAAAAAUACACAACUAGUUGGUUACUCAGAUAAUGACUGGGGAGGUGACCUAGAUGAGAGGAAAAGCACCACAGACUAUAUCUUCUAUUUUGGGUAA